UGUUGAACUUGAAGUUGAAGUGGAAGAAGCACCUUGCAAUGCGCCAACAGAUCAGCUGACAGCGGCCAGGACCAAGUUUGGAAGCUGCAAUUCAAAGCGACUGGCAGCUUCGAGCAUCAGCUCCUACGUUCCUCAGCUCCGAAUUUCAAAACCUGCGGUUUCAAUAGACUCUCUGGUUCCAGCUCAAUUGGGGUCACAAUGAAGAUUGUCCAAUGACAAAGUUGGGCUCCGUGGGUUUUCCAAGACAUAUUGUUUCCAUGUCCGCCAUGAAGUACUCUGGCGCCAUAUUGGGAGCCUGAAUCCAAGGCAGGAGGCAAUUUGAGGCUUAUUGGAGGCAACCUGAACGGUUGGGAUGUGUCUCUUUGGGGAGGACCCCCUUAAGGAAGAGAAGCGGAAGAAGAAGGCUGAAAAGAAGCUGAAGAAGCAGAUAAAGGAAGUCAGGAAGGAGGAGAAGAAGGUGACACGAAGAGAGUCGGAUUUUGAUAAGAUCAGGAAGUCCAGUGCAAAAGCUCAGGUCAAGACAGAGGACAAAGCAGCCACGAAGCUUGAGAAGAGGUUCACGGCCAAAUAUGGAGAUUACAUGCAGAAAGAGGAAACGCCAAAGAAGAAGGGCAUCUUCAAGAGAAGCUCCUCCGCCUCUUGAGGCGGCCCAGCGUAUCGGCCCCUCCAAAGUGACACUUUGAAAAAAUAGAGCAUCUUAUGAGUUUUGUGGUUUCUUCACCUCGUCAGCCCACGCGGUUGUUUCGAGUUCGAUGUUGACCUGCUCUUCAGCCGUCAAAAACAUUCGCUUGCCACAGGACUGAAAACUGGGGAGCUCUCCUUAAAGGUGAAGAGUCUUCACAUCUGAUUUUGGAAAGAGUCCAUAAUGAGUUCGUAUGGACACUUCAACAAGACAUACAGAAUGGGCCCAAAGCCUGAUGCUCAUCGCCCAAGCGAGAACUGGCCACCCCACGCGGCUGACUUGCCCAUUGGGCAAACGAAAUUACCUGUGGGAACCUG